AUGGCUUCAGUUCUAACCAAUUUAUGUGUAAGUACACCUUAUUUUGCUUUAAAUUCAGUGUAUAAGCCUCGGACUCGAGUUCAAGUUAGAAGUUUAGGUAAUGGGGAUUCAACAGUGUUGUCUUCAGAGUCAGUAAAAGUUAACGGAAUUUCUUCUGUUGGGGAGGAGAAGAGAAUUGAGUCUUUAAUUGAUCUGGGUAAGGGGCGGUUGGGUUCGGAUUUCGGGCAGAAGAUGAGUGAGGAGGAUGUUGCUUUUGAAAAAUUGGAUGUGUUGUGGGAUGAUGGGUAUGGGACUCAGACUGUGAAGGAUUACCUUGAUUUAGCCAAGGAGAUGAUUAAGCCCGAUGGUGGGCCGCCCCGGUGGUUUUGCCCCGUCUCCUGUGGGUGCCCAUUAAAGGAUUCACCUGUUCUUCUGUUUUUGCCUGGGAUGGAUGGUCUUGGAUUGGGCCUCAUUGUGCACCACAAAGCUCUUGGAAAGUGA